AUGAAUCUCCCGAAGUUCUUUCGAGUCAAAGAUAACCUGGGCACCAUGCUUGAUGCGGAAGAAAAACUUGGGAAUGUCCCACGCCUUCCUCAUUGCCUCGAGGAUUUCCUCCCGGGCUACAUCAGCAGAUCCUUUCUUGAGGCCGCAACCUACGUGCAGCAAAGCAUCGAUUUGAAUCAAUUCAGAAACCUACUGGUACUGCACAUGGAGCAGAUUCUGUUGACGAUGGAGCAUAUUGCACGAGAGCGUGCUCAGAAAGCUGAAGGCAUCGUGGCUACGGACUUCCUGCAGAACAAGUUUGAUAUGGAAAGAGCUUUGUCGCUUGGCACUUCUAGGACCCUGGCAAUUCUUGCAGAUGCCCAUGAUGAGGCGUUCCUGCUCACCAGAGUUUGUGACCAGGAGGGGUUCAAACCUUCUGAACUGACUGUGGCAGUGGACCGGCCCCUUGACUGA